GCCAUAUGAAGCAGGGGUGUCUAAUCUUACCGGAAAAGGGCUGCUGAGUAAGAAAUGGUCGAGUGCACAAGGGCCUUUCUGCUGACUGCUGUCCGCUGGUUGCUCCUACUACAUGGCAGUUGCCAUGGCAGCAAGAUCCUGGUGGUUCCUGUGGACGGGAGCCACUGGGUGAACAUGGACAUCCUGCUGAAGGAGCUGCAUUCCAGGGGCCACCAGCUGACCGUCAUCCGCUCAGCCAGCAGCUGGUACAUCAAGGAGAGCGCAGCCCACUACACCGCCAUCAACGCCAAGCUGAUGGAGGACGAGGUGGACCUCAGUUUCUAUGCGAAGAUGCUGCAGCGGACGCUCGAAUAUCGGCGGAAAGGGCCGGUGAUGCGCUUCCUGUACGAGCAGAUGGAGAUGGGCUCCAUGCAGUCCCUGGGACACGGUAUCUGCGCCAAGAUGGCCGCCCUCAUGCUGGACGAUUCUGCCUUCAUGUCUGGACUGAGAGACGCGAGCUACGACCUGGUCCUCACUGACCCAGGCCUGCCCUUUGGCGUGUUCCUCGCCCACUAUCUUGACCUGCCCAUGGUCUACAACGUGCGCUGGGUCAACACUGGAGAGAGCCACUUCGUCAUGGCCCCCUCCCCGAUCUCCUACAUCCCUGUGAGCUGCUCCGAGCUGGGGGACAGGAUGGACUUUCUGCAGAGGAUGCAGAACCUGCUGCGCUACGUGGCAAACUUCCUCCAGGAGCGCUUCAUCAUCCUCCCCUGCUACCAGGAGGUCAUCCGCCGCCACUUCCCGCACGCCACCGACCUGCUCUCCAUGCAGCGCUCCGCGGACCUGUGGCUGGUGCGGGCCGAUUUUGUCUUCGAGUUCCCGCGGCCCACCAUGCCCAACGUGGUGUACGUGGGGGGGUUCCAGUGCCGGCCGGCCGGGCCUCUCCCCGGCCGGCUGGAAGAGUUUAUGCGGAGCUCCGGGGAGCACGGGGUGGUGCUCAUGUCCCUGGGCACGCUCAUCUCCGCCCUCCCGAUGGAGAUCAGCGAGAAGAUAGCCGCCGCCUUCGCCCGACUCCCACAGAAGGUGAUCUGGAGGUACGUGGGAGAGAAGCCCUCUACCCUGGGCAACAACACCCUUCUGCUGGACUGGAUCCCCCAGAACGACCUGCUGGGCCACCCCAAGACCCGCGUCUUUGUAGCUCAUGGGGGCACCAAUGGACUCUACGAGGCCAUCUACCACGGGGUCCCUGUGGUGGGUAUGCCUCUGCUCUUUGACCAGUUCGACAACGUCCUCCGGCUGCAGGUCCGAGGGGCGGCUAGGGUUUUGGAGGUGGCCACGCUCACCACAGAGGAGGUGCUGGGGGCGCUGGAGAACGUCCUGGGGAACCCCUCGUACCGCGACAGCAUGCAGAGGCUGUCCCGCCUGCACCGCGACCGACCCGUCUCCCCGCUAGACAGCGCCACCUUCUGGACGGAGUACGUCAUCAGAAACAAGGGGGCCGCCCACCUUCGCAGCGAGGCCUUCGGCCUGCCCUGGUACGCCUACCACGGCCUGGAUGUGGCAGUGCUGCUCCUGGCCCUCGCUGCUACCUCAGGCUGGGCCUGUGUGUGUGUCUGCAGGAGGAUGUGCUGCAAGACCUGCCUGAACCGCAAGAGGAAGACGGUCUGAAAAAGAGAGGCGCCUUUCCUGUGCAAUGAAAAAGCAUGCAUUUGAAGACGCACGGCACACACGCUU